UGACGAAAUGCAAUUAAAAGGCGGGAAAUUAAUCUAGAACAAUAACAUUUCUUACCAUUUUUAAGUAAAAUUAUUCAGUUUAACAGUUUUGUAAUCUACGUGCACUAUGUCGGGAAUAACCGCUAAAACUUGUGAUAAAGUAACUAUAGAAAUUACAGUCGACAAAUCUAAAAAAGAGGAAGGAAAAGAAAAUAUUACCCCUAAUAUUACGUGCAGGGGCGAUGAGAAAAUUUUAAACAAGGAACAUGAAGAGUAUCAGUAUUUAAAUCACAUUAAAAAUAUCAUCGAGAAAGGUGUAAAGAGGGGGGACCGUACAGGGGUGGGUACCUUUUCUAUUUUCGGGGCGCAAAUGCGGUACACUUUACGCGACAAUAUAUUUCCUCUUCUCACUACAAAAAGGGUAUUUUGGCGAGGUGUGGUUGAAGAAUUACUUUGGUUUAUCCGAGGAAACACCAAUGCCUUUGAACUAAGUCAGAAAAAUGUUCACAUAUGGGACGCUAACAGUACCAGACAAUUCUUAGAUUCGGUGGGUCUUAAGGAUAGGGAGGAGGGUGAUUUAGGGCCUAUUUAUGGUUUCCAGUGGAGGCAUUUUGGUGCUGAAUAUAAAGAUAUGCAUACUGAUUACAAAAAUAAAGGUAUCGAUCAGUUGGCUCAUGUUAUAAAUACAAUUAAAACAAGACCAAAUGACAGACGUAUAAUAAUGUGUGCUUGGAAUCCUGUCGAUAUCCCUGAAAUGGCUUUACCUCCAUGCCAUUGCCUCGUACAGUUCUAUGUCGCAAACGAUGAGCUGUCUUGUCAGUUAUAUCAAAGAUCGGCCGACAUGGGUUUAGGAGUACCGUUUAAUAUUGCAAGCUAUGCGCUGCUUACUUAUAUGAUAGCACAUGUUACAGGAUUGAAACCAGGUGAGUUCAUUCACACAUUAGGAGACAGUCAUGUCUACCUAAAUCAUGUUGAUGCCCUACAAGAACAGCUGAAACGCAAACCGAGGCCUUUUCCAACGCUGAAAAUUAAUAAGAAAGUGGAAAGUAUUGAAGAAUUUACCGCUGAUGAUUUUGAAUUAGAGGGUUAUAAACCUUACCCUAAAAUAAAUAUGCCAAUGGCUGUAUAGAUAUAAAAUCAUCUUCGAGUAACUAAUUCUUCAGUAUUUCUACGAGAAAAUAUUGCAUAUAUGAAUUUAUAAAUUCUUACAAACUUCCAAUCUUUAUUACUUUAAAAAUUAAGUUUUAUUUCCAUAUUGCAACAAACUAUUUAUAUCCCUACAAAACACCAAAGUAUUAUAUGAUGCUAUUUUAUUGUAUGUAAUGCAGUAUUAUUAAAAAUAUAAAAUCUUAUUUGAAAAUAUUUGUCUUCGAAACUGAUGGAUGGUAGGUUAUAUUUUGUAUGUACUUAUAGGUCCUUGGUAUAAUAAAGUUUUAU